AUGGAGGAAGAUUGUUUCCCUGAAACGCAGCACGAGAAGCUGCCGAUACACAAAUACCAGCUGUCCAAGGAGAUUAUGUUUAUGGUCUCAGCUUUCGUCGUGUUAUUCGCAUCUGGUGGCCUCAUUUUAGAAUUUGGUCCAGUGUAUUCAAAGCUCGUGAAAGAACAGCAGUGGGUCGAAUUGUGUAUUUCAGAGGAACAAAAGAAGAAAGGGGGCGUUUUCUGUGCGGAGCAGGAGAUUCAGCUGCAGUUUGUCUUCUCGACGGGAUUUCUGUGUCUCAGUGCGGCCAACGCCUUCUUUGGGGUAUUUCUUGAUGGCGUGGGGCCUCGUGCUACGAUUGUGCUGGGACUUUUACUGUCGGCGUGUGGGAAUUUUGCACUAGCAUUGGGUGAUUCUCAUUCGGAGACUGCCAUGGGGAUUGUUGCAGGGUAUUCACUAAUAGGAGCGGGUGGAAUGGGCGCAUAUCUGGCGGCGUUCCAGAUCCUACAGCUCUAUGAAGUCCAAGGAGUGGUUUGCAGCACGCUCUCUAGCUUGUUCAAUUGCUCGGGGUAUGUGUACAUGCUGCUGGGGGCCGAUGGAAUCACUAGGUCAGCAUUCUUUCGCAUCUAUGGGAUUAUGACGAGUGUGUGUGCGCUUAUCUGCUAUUUGCUGUUCCCGACGAGAAAUAUUACGAGACCGCACGACUUUCUUGCUAUCCCACUUUGUCGCAUUGAAAUGCCCCGAAUCAAUGCUCCGACUGGUCUGGUAGACAGCUUGCGAGAAGAGCUCAAACGGCAAGACUUGUGGUUCUUUGCACUCUUGUUCGGCUGGGUAUCGCUCAUUUUCGCGUUCGCUGGCGGUGCAAUUCCAAGUUUGCUCACCAAUCUCGCUGGUGAUGAUACUGGUGCCGCGUCACUCUAUACGAAUAUUCUUUAUCCCAUUCUUGCGAAUGGCACAUUUUGUUACUCCGCUGUAGUCGGCUACGUUAUCUACCACCAUGGAUUCAAAGUGAUCUUCGGGGCCUGCAUUGCUCUCGUCCAGCUUUUUAUCGCUCUCCUUAUGGUACCUGUGCUUCAAGUGCAACUUGUUAUGUUUGUCGUCUACGCGAUGGCCCAGACCUGUCUGUAUGCGCUGCAAUUUGCCUAUAUCAUCAUGUGUUUUCCUGCUGAGCUCUACGGUACACUCCAAGCGUUUCUUGCCGCGGUCUCGUUUUCUUUUGGAUUUGUUGAAUUAUGGUGCGAGCAUCACUUCAUGCUACACAAAGCAAGAGCAGAGUUCGCCGAAAGGAACCACUCUCUUUCUGAAGAGAAUGCCAGGCUUUUGUAG